UCUGUCUGUCCGAGUUGGGGGUUCUCCGGAGGCUUUCUCCGCGGCAUUUCCGCGAGAAGAGGGCAAGGUUUUUUCGCGAGGAAAGACUGUCGGAGCAGCGCCACCGCACGCAGCGAGAGGGCAGUUGCUGACUCUGCAGAACAAGAGAUGUCUCGUUCUGGGUUUCUGCGGAAGUCGAGACUUCUGGAGGGAAACGCGCUGGCCGGAAGGCGCCGGCAUAUCUUUUGCAUGCGAACUUUUUUGUGUGCAAGGCGCUGCGGUCUUCGACUCCGGCAUCGAAAUCAGUCCGAGAGUUGGAGGCAAAAAAGUCCGGGUCACUCCACAGUUUUAACAAAGAAGAGGCGAGUCAGGAACGCAGAUUUCUGGACUUCUGCGUGUAUCUGUUCUUUCUCGACCUCCGAGAGUUUCGUGUGCAGAACUCGAGACUCGGCCAUACAACAGGCAUCGAGCGGCAGACCUCCCUUUUCUUCUCGUCUGUCUUCUCGCGACCCUCUGUUCCCUUCAGCAGACGAAACAGAAGACGUGCAUCUUUUCAGAGGCGGGAGAACGAGAAACGAUUCUGCAGCAAGAACAGCCCAAGAACGCGACUUCCCUGCGUCUCUGGUGGCCAUGUUUUUUGAGUCAAACGCGCUGAGAAGCCUUCCUCCGUCUCGCCUGUGACUGCUUUCCUGUCCGUCCAAUCUCUGAGACGCUCGGCAGAAGAGAAAGCGGCCCUCGCGCCUGAACAUUAUAAUCCGGAGGCCUCGCGCUGUCCACUUGUCUCCGGCUUCCCUUUCCCUGAGGUCACCCUGUUCUCCGGUUGUCCGGGGGCGCAUGCAGCGGCAGACCCUGCGCGGUCAAGGCACCUCGUUUACCUCUCGGCUUUGUCAAGUUUGUGGUUUCUCGUUGCUCGGUGUUCGGCUGUUCGCCGCAGCAACGUUCACUCUCGAGAUACGGCGACUCGCGCGUCUUUUCAGGUCCGGAACUCAGCUUUUCUCCUUUCUCCCGAAAACGCCUUCGAACUCCUCGCUGUCCACCUACGCGCCUCCAGGGAGUUCGCAGUGUCUGUACACCUGAGGCAACCGAGAAAGACGAGAGAGUCACCUUCUCUGUUCCCCGUUUCUCCUUGCCGCAUUCGAGAGACGAGAAUACUUCCCAUCCUUUGUCCGUGUUCUUUCCUUGUCUUUUUUUGUCUUUUCUUGUCUUUCUGCUUUCGGUGUUUCCUCUUCUGGAGUUUUCCAGCAUUUCUGGGUCUCCCUUCUCCCCUCAGCUCUCCCUACGCUCAACCUCUCGGCAGCGAUGACGUCUUAUUCUUUGUCGCCAGUGCAGGCCAAUUUUGAUGGUGGCUUUCUCGAAGACGACAGCGAAGCUUCGUUCCUCAACGAAUACGCGGUCGCCGACGCAGACUUCCCUCUGGGUCGGCCCCGUGCGAACUUCCAGCCUCCAGAGAGCCAUUUGCUGCCGACAACGAAUCCACUUCGUUUGCCGGUCUUGAGCACUUCGCGAGAGGACGCGAACAAGUCGCCUGCAGCCUCUCUCUCUGAUUUUGCGGCCGUCUGUCGAGGGUCUCAGAGAGGUCCUGGCGCGUCUGCGGUCGACGGCAAUGCUGUGGGUCGGAAAGCGAGCAGCUGCUUCCUGAACGAAGAUGACUGCUUUCUCCGAGAAGAAGCCACGCUGCUUCAAGGCAAAGCGAAAACAACGCUCUCGCCUUUCUGUCCCGUCGACGCUGGAGCACACAGGGCGCUUCCGGAUCGCCUGGCGCCUGCCGAGGUCGUCACCGAGUUCGAGGCGUUUUCUGAGGCCGGGCAAGAGAGAAGAACCGACGUCAAAAUGCAGGAUCUGCAUGCGCGAGGAGGCGCCGACGGCGGGGCGCAUGCAGACUCUCAGCACUGCCUGGAACAACAGACGUUGCCGCGCGCGGAACGGACCGCUGCUCUCGGCGCUGUCGAGCCUGCGGGAGCGGAGAAGGCAAUGCGGAGUGCAGCGCCAGGGAGGAGAGAAGAGACCGGCGAAACGUCGGCGUCUUCGCGCCAUAACGAGGAAUUUGGGGACGUCUUCUUCGGAGAAGAUGGACACCGAGGAGACGUCCAAGAAAUCUCGAGGGGUCCGCAGACAAACCGCGACGACGCUGACCGCGGACGGAGUGUAUGUACACUCGCCAGCCAAACGGGGGGGGGCGGCGGUGCGCGCAGGGAAACGCACUGUUCGCCUGGGCUGGAUUUCGGCCUGCAACUUCCUCCGCAGCACUCCGAGAAGGAACGCGCGUCGAAUGAAGAGGCCUACGAAGACGAAGAAGAGGAAAUCUGUCUCCAGCCUGGCCCACUGCUUUCCGCGAGACACGCCGGCCUCUCUCCCCAGCUGUCUCCCAGGUGUAUGUACACCCAAGGAGCCUUGCCGGCGGCGGCCGCGAGGUCCGCUGUCGAGCGAGUGCCUCCGUCGACUUCAAGCGGGCAAGGUCGACGAAAGCAGGAGGGGCGAGUCCAGGCUUUUGAAAAAACAGAGGGUGCCUCUGCAGAGACAGAAGCGUCUUUCGCUCCCCUCUUUUCCGUACCUGCGGACGCCUCCAACGUGAGCGCGAGAACUACAUUGUUGGGUCGCUCUUCCUAUGUCCACUUUGGAAAGGGAAGUCGUUACGCGUCUCCUGCUCAACGACACGGGGAGGCUCCGUCGUUGUCUCUCUCAGCUUUCUCUCUCGUGCAGUGGAGAGAGGCGCUGUCGAUUGUCGCGAAUCGACUCUACUACUCGCGCUUCACAGCUUAUCUCUACCUCUUUGUCUUUCUCCUCAACGCCUGGGUUCUGCUUCGUUGUCUCACGCUCUCCGUCGUCAACGUCUGGGUCGUCGCCGCUGAAGUCUUCGUCACCUUCAUGCUUCUUCUCGAGGUAUCCCUGCGCGCGCUCGUGGUGGGACGCGCGUUUUUCUUCAAAUUCGAAAACCUCUUCGACGUUGCUGUCACCGUCCUCUGCGUCGCGCUGCUCUGUAUUAGCGACGACCUCUGGGGCUCGCUCGCGGACCGCGACCGCCCGCCCCCAGAAGAAGUCGACGACAUCUUCAGACAGUCUCUCACUGCUUUCCGGUUCUCUACUCAGUUGCUUCGGAUGGUCACCAUAGCGCUACAUCAAAAGCGAUCACAGCUUCCCUCUGACGACGUCGACUUUUCCUAUUUGGAGGCGCAGGCGCGAGCGCCUCAUGACGACGGACUUUGACGAUCAUCUCCCUCUCUCAACACGCGCAAGAAGUCGAACAUUCCGAUGGCAUUUCUCCGUGGAUCUCUUUUCACACACAAGGGUAUAUAUAUAUAUAUAUAUAGCUAUACAUGCAUAUAUAUAUAUAUAUGUACAUUCGUGUCGUCCAGGCGUAUGUACAGGUGACACCGGUGUCCAGGGACGAGGUAAGAGGUUUUCUUUUCCGACAGUAUCGGCCUUCUGCAGUUGACACGCAGCGUUCGCUGUAGUUGUCCGUGCUACAGCACAUGUCUCCUCUUUUUCAGACUUGAUCGAGAGUCUUCAUCCUCUCUGUCUCGUCUGUUUUUCGCUCUUACUGCCAUCCGUUCCGCGGCUUUUUCUUUCGAGGCCUGCAUCCGCGCGAGAGUCGGCGCUCUCAAGGGAAGACUCCCGCCUCAGUCUCUCAUGCCCCCCGCUUUCUGACAGCUUUGAUUUCCUCUUUCCUGACAGCUUUGAUUUCCUCUUUCUUUUCUUGUCCCGACGCCUCGUCCGUGACCUCUCAUCGCAGAGAAGGUCGUCGUGUGUGUCUCCUCUCUUGUGCAAGUCUGGCGCGCCUGAGGCGGUGUUUUCCGGUCUCUGUCGAUCUUUUAAAGGGCACUGCUCUGCAUGCGCCUGGGAAGAGCAGUGUGUGGUUUGUCCUCUGCAUGAGCGAACUCCAAAGAGAUUCGAGAAUUCAACUCGUUCGCUGGCUGAAUCGUGUCUCCUCACUGCCUCUCGAACAGCUCAACUUCUUGUGGCUCUCCGUUCCAGUUUCGCCAGCAAGCGACACCGCCCUUCGUCGCCCGGCGGGCAUGUGCAUGCGGGGUGUUCAGCACCUGAGCUUGUUGCCUUUCAUCCUCGC